AUGGCUGGAGUGCCGGAAAAUGACGUAAAACCCUCCAACAUUCGCAGAAGCGAUCUGGCGACAGAUCUCUUGAGCCAUGGACACUAUGCCAUGUUUCUUGGCAGCAGCUGCUGCUGCAUUGUUGUUAUAUAUGAGAAAAAGAACAGAAUGAACCAUGUAGGAAUGGACUAUGACAUUACUUAUGAGGAACCGAAUAUUAACAUCUACAAACUGGUGCUACUGGGAAGCAGCGAUGUGGGAAAAUCCAGCAUGGUUCUUAGAUACCUAAGGGACGAGUUUCUGGAUACUACCUGCACUACUGGAUGUGCAUUUUUCUCACAAAGAGUUUAUGUCCAGGAGAAAACAUUGGACUUUGAGAUUUGGGACACUGCUGGCCAGGAGAGAUAUCACAGUGUGUGCCACCUAUACUACCGUGGUGCCAGCGCUGCCAUGCUGGUUUAUGACAUCACUUCCAAGGAGACAUUUCUUAGAGCUCAGCUAUGGCUUCAGGAGCUACAGAAGUACAUCUCCAGUGAGGAAAUGGUAAUUGCGUUUGUUGGAAAUAAGACCGAUCUAAAUUCAGAGAGGAAAGUCUCACUCGAGGAUGCUCAGGCUUUUGCUGAACAGGAAAGGUUGUUGUUCAUGGAAACAUCAGCAAAGACAGGAGAAGGAGUGAAAGAAGUGUUUGAAGCCAUUGCCAGUCAAAUUCUCAUCAUGGAACACCAUAAACAGGACAAGGCACGCAGGCAGGUUGCAAACAUCACUAUCCAGGAAGCACAGAAACCUGUUGUGAUACACAGAUGUUGCAGUUUCCAGUAG